AUGGAGAAUACGUACAGCAUCACUGUAACUAACAAAUUUUUGUUGGCCCUGGACGAAGAUGAGGAUCCUUUGGAGUUGCUGAAAGUUCGCGAACAAGAGAAGGAAGCCAAAAAGAAGGAAAAACUCUCUGAGAAGGAGAACAAAAGUAAGCAACCUGAGGCACCAGCCAAAACUCCUGGCGUGAAACCCCAAAAAAGCCGCGUUAUCAAGGAUGCGCAACAGCAGCAGGCGAAGCCUAACCAGGAGUUGAAAAAGGAUCAAGUUGAGAAAAAACCAGCUCAGCCGCGUUCAGGCGGUGAUCGCAACGUUAAAUUCUCCGGCGAGUCUCGAGAGGAUCACAACAACAGACGUAACCGUGAAGACGGUGAUCGUCCCCCUCGUGCUCAAGGAGAGUACAGACGAGGACCUUCCGGUGAGGGCCGAGAAAACCGAGAGUUCCGUGGUCCAAACGAUGGCCCACGCGGUGACUUUGGUGAACGUAGACCAGCACGUGGUGGUCCUCGUGGUGGUGGAACUGGAGAAAGGGGCUUAGGCCCACGUGGUGGACGUGGAGGAGGAUCACGCGGUCAUCGCAGUGGUUUUGACAAUCGCGGCAAACGGGAAUUUGAUCGUCAAUCUGGUUCUGAUAGAACGCAUGCUUACAGUGGAGUCAAACCAGUUGACAAGAAAGACGGCGCUGGUAGCCACAACUGGGGAUCUCACAACGAUGACAUUGCAGAAACUCUCAACCAGGAAAACAAUGAAGACUGGAGCAACUUGGACAAGCCUGAAGAAGUGCCAACGACUUCAACGGAGGCUAAAGACUCAACAGAAGCACCGGCUAGCGCUGGAGAUGCUUCUGCUGAAGAAAAGCCCGCUGAAGAAGAGACCAAGGAGCUCACUUAUGAUGAAUGGAAGGCCUUGCGUGGAAAUCGUGCUAAGCCGACUUACAACUUGCGUAAAGCCGGAGAAGGCGAAGACUUGACUCGCUGGAAGAAAAUGUACGCUUUGGAAAAGAAGAAGGAAGGCGCCGAGGAGGAAGAAGAUGAAGAAGAAGAGUACGACGCCGCUGCUGAGUAUCCUCAACGCGUUGGCAGGCAAAAACGCGUUUAUGAAAUUGAGAUUCAGUUCAGCGACUCACGGCGUGGCGCUGGAGGACGUGGUGGCCGUGGAGGACGUGGUCGCGGUGACCGCAUGAAUGGUCGCGGUUUCGGUGGUAACCGUGGUGGAAUGAGCCGAGAUGAUAAUCGUAUUGCUGCUGCUCCAGCUCCAGUAGUAGAGCAGAGAUCACCACGUGGACGUCCCCAGAACGCACCCAAGGUUGAUGACGAGCACGACUUCCCGUCAUUGGGUUAA